UACGCUAUACUCACUUGUACUUUCAUCUUCCCUUGGAUUACCAUCAAACUAAAUAUAGUCCAGUCUAUUGUAACUAUAAGUCUAUAACCAACUAAGGUUUACACACGUAUGGCGACAGUGACACUACAGAAAAUAUAUGUUUGCACAAAUAUAACAUGUGUACGUGUAGACUGUAGAGGUACAAGGUACAAGUCAUCAAUGCAUUGGGAAUAGAUGGAGAAUAGAAAGAGACAAAGAUGGCUAAGAUCCAUGUCAAUUCCAACGCGUACACCUGUCCUUCAUUCGAAAUCCCAUAAAAGAAGGGGACUAUAUAUAAUAAAUACUCACUACUCCUUUACACCAUAAUACUCCCAGCUAAGCUAAGAAUUGUUAAAGAGAGAGUCAAAGAGUCGAAAGAAAGAAUGUCAGAAGGCAGGAAGAGCAAGAUCGAAAGUCGGAAAAGAUUUACAGAUAAACAAAUAAGCUUCUUGGAGUACAUGUUCGAGACAGAGUCACGACCGGAGUUAAGGAUGAAACACCAGUUAGCUAACAAACUCGGGUUACAUCCUCGACAGGUGGCGAUAUGGUUCCAGAACAAAAGAGCGCGAUCAAAAUCAAGGCAGAUUGAGCAAGAGUACAACACCUUGAAGCUCAAUUAUGAGUCGCUGGCUUCAAAGUCUGAAUCUCUUAAGAAAGAGAAUCAGGCACUGCUUAAUCAGUUGGAGAUGCUGAGAAAUGCAGCGGAGAGGAAUGGAAACAGCAGCAGUGGCAGCGAAGAAUCUGAAGAUAGGAUAACCAACGAACAAACGGAAAACCACGAAAAAGAAGAAAUUAGGGUUCCAUUUCUGUACCUUGGAGAAGAAAGUAAAUUUGCAGACAUUCAAGGAUGGGAAGAGAGCUUGGGGAUGGAUCUUCAGAGGUGGUUGGAAUUCUAAAGAGAUGAGAUGAUAGGACUAGAGUGUCGCUUUUGUUUCUGGAGUAAACAUAGAAGUUGGCAUACAGUUGUAUAUAAAGAAAAAAAACAGCAGAUAAAUGAAAGCAUCAUCGUUGAUGUUUACCUGUUUAUAUAUAUAGAGAGAAAGAGAGAGUUUAAAACAAAGGUUUUUAACAAUAAGUAUUAAGAUUGGAUACUAGAUCUCAGGUUUGAGCUUGACAUCUCCAUUUGGUAACAUGGUUUGUGCUUGUGCAAGGCGCAUGGAUUCCUGCAUCAUCAUAUUCAUAUGAAACUAACUACAAGUAAGAUUUAAGAAAUGGAAAGGUAGUAAACAUGACUUAGGGUUUUGGAUAUUAGAAAACUAACAGCUGCAGAAGAUGCACGGAUUUCCCUAUAAUCUUCAACUUCAUCAGGAAAUGCUUGUUCAAGUUCCUCCAGAAGAUGCCUCCUCAACCCCUGUAGUAAUUAGUAAAAACAUAAUAUCAUAUACUCAUAUAUGAUAAAAACACCUAUACUUUAUGAUUCAAACAUAUAUUCUAAUUACCAAGAUGUUGCAUCUGCUAAUAAGGGA